GUUUCCCAUUUAUAAAUAUGAAAGUCUCUCUUGGAUCCACCAUUCUGCUCUCAGCUACUUCCUCCUCCAUCACCAUCGUCUAUGGCUUCCACUGGUUCUCUGAAAAUGGCCUCUUCCCUCAGAAGUCCGACACCUUCUUCUCACUCCCAAAAGCAAUUGGGUUGUAAUCUUUUUCAGUCUUUUCCCAACCAAAGCUUGAAAUUUUCAACAACCCAUCAAGUUUCUCCAUCCUUCAAAGUUUCCCACAACUCCAGAAUCUCAGCUUUCUUCUUUAACAAGCCCAAUCAGCCGCAACAAGAUCCUCCAAAGCCAAGCAAAGUUCAAGAACUGAGUGUGUAUGAGAUCAACGAACGUGACAGAGGCAGCCCAGCAUACCUGAGGCUAAGUGGGAAGCAAGAGAACUCACUGGGGGACUUAGUUCCAUUCAGCAACAAGCUCUACUCUGGGGACUUGCAGAAGAGGAUAGGCAUAACAUCAGGUCUAUGUGUGCUCAUACAACACGUUCCUGAGAAGAAAGGAGACAGAUAUGAGGCUAUUUACAGCUUCUAUUUUGGGGACUAUGGCCAUAUCUCAGUUCAAGGAGCUUAUCUGACAUACCAAGACACAGUUCUGGCAAUCACAGGAGGGUCUGGUCUAUUUGAAGGAGUACAGGGACACGUGAAACUUCAUCAGAUUGUGUUCCCUUUUAAGCUUUUCUACACUUUCUCUUUGAAGGGUAUUGCAGAUUUGCCUGAUGAACUCACAGUGAAGGCUGUGACUCCUUCGCCCAGUGUUGAGCCUUCUCCUGCCGCUAAAGCCGCUCAACCUCAGGCUGCUAUUCCUAACUUUACCACCUGAUCUUAUGUUACUUUCAACUAUUUCUGUUUCCUCAAUGGAUUAUUGUCAUUGUCCUUAUUAUUUCCUUUAAGCCUUGAUCCUGAGAUACAAUGAUGUUUGAUUGUCAAUCAUUCUAAUAUCAUAAUGUACUUUUUAAUCUCCGUCUCAUGAUGCAAUUGUAUUGUUUAUUUUUGUAUGUGCCAUUUGAGCUUGGAGGUA